AAACAAAACAUUGAGGCCCUCAUCAAUUUGCCUAGGGAAAUGAGGCCAGUAGGGGGCCUGAAGACAUGUGUUCCCUACCACAGCAUAUGACACGAAGCUGCGCACAGCUCAUGAACAUCAAACAUAUUUUGUGUUCAGUCACUCUGGACUAAAACCAAAAUUCCCUAUUAAAAGAACCUAUAUAGUAUUAACUAGAACACUAAAUAACAUAGUGAAGUUCAUGUAGGAUGAGACCCUAGACAGGAUUCCUGGGCUUUUAUCCCUCCAAAAUGCACUUACUAAGAAUAUUUAUCUUAUUGAGCACAUAUAUUGUUCUGUAUCUGUCUAUUCUCACUCAUACUUUCACCAGGCCUACCUUAAGAACCUUGCUACCAUCAAAUCUCUCACUGUCUUCUUCCACAGGUCACUCCCCAAUACCCUCUAUCCAACAGCCCUGCCUUCGACUUCCUUCACUCCUGCAUUCUCUUUGGGGAACCCAAAUUUCCGAAGUGAGACCUACUUCAAGGGUGGAAGGGCUUGAUUUUCCAACUUUCUAACAGAUCCCAGGAAAGGAUAGCCGAAAUUUGUGUUUAAUGAAAUUGUCAGCCAUAUAUCCCACAGCUUAAAAAUAACAAUAUUAAAUUUUUAUAGCAGAUUACAGUUUUAAAAUAACUGACAUUCUCAUCUUAUUUAAUCCUUUUAAGAAUCCAGUGUGAUGGAUAAAAUGUUUAUUGCUAUCAUACCCAUUUAUAGAUAAGGCCCCAAAUUUGGGGCAGAGCUCAGUGGUGAGUACAGAUCAAAACCCAGUUUUUGUUAAAUCUCAGCCAAGUUGCCUCAGAGAGUUACUUUAGCGAUUUCCUUGUUGUAACUGUUUUCUAAGAAGUUGACACACUCGAAUGUAAAAUUCUGAAAAGUGUACUCUACUGCCACUAUGAUCUUUUACAGUCAGAAAUAAGUCCUGAAAUCCUAGAAAGGCUACAGUCAGAGGGUGCCAGGGUUCAGUAAUGGGACAGAAUAGCAGACUGUAUUCAUCAGCAGGCAGGAACUGAGUAGAGAAAAUCAAGUCUUCCUGCCAUGUUGUUCUCAACCUUUGUUUGACUGGAGCCAUUUUUAUUGGGAAAUUCACAGAGACAGUAAACUUAGCAUUAGCUAAGAUCUUUAAGAGCCAUGAUAGAGUGUGAUGCUAGCUGAAAUCCUAGUUUCUCUCUUAAAACGUACAAAAAUAAAUGAAUAAGUAAAGGAGGGAGCAGUCACUCACACUGAAAUAUAGAAUUAAGGCAAAAGAGGCCGGGCAGUUCCCCAGUACCUGAAAAUGGACCCAAAGACGAGCACAGAAGGUUUUCCCUUCUGCUGUUGCUCCCAUAGUUAGCAUUCAUCUGCACAGUGAACAAGAAAAUGAUUGGGUUUGGUUUAGACACCUGUUCUGAGAGCAAACUACUUAUCUGUCAGUUCAACCCCUUACUUUGCCCCACCUGUCUUUCCUCAUCUCGCCCCACAUGCUUUCCCCCUUUUCCCCAUGAUGAUGGAAGUAUGUGCUGCCUUGUAGGGUCGGUCUGUAGACAAGUCCUUUUUCCUACUUGAUGGCAUUUAUUGAGAUUAGCUAAGGCCAGAGUUAUCACAUUUCUACGUCUCCUAAAGGACACUGUAAAUUGUUUGAGCUUCUUCUACUCAGACUGCAUAAAGCAAAGUUGAAAGACCUGUUUUUCCUUCCCUGAUCAUUUUGAAUUUUUUUGAAUUGCAUUUGUAAAAGCAGAGUGGCAGAGUGUGUGUGUGUGUGUGUGUGUGUGUGUGUGUGUGUGUGUGUUUACACAUCCAUACUUGAACUGAUGGAGAGGAAAGUUCAGGAAAAAUAAAUAAAUAAACUCCCUCCAUAGUUUGCAUAUUUUUUCUAAAAGAUAGAUCACAGAUGAGGGUCAAUAGGGUAUAAAACAAUUCCAAAAUAUCUGAAUGAGAAGAUUUUCAUCAAACUUUUUGUUUUGUAAGAAUCUAUUAAUAAACUCAAAAUGAAAGAAAAUGACAAAGGAUAUAUGUUUCUAAGUUUCCAUUUUUUAAAAGUACAUCCUCUAGAAUUAUUAGAAAUAUUUAAUGUUAUAAAUGCCUUAUUUUACAAAUCAUAUAUAAUAAGUACUUAUCUGCCUAGUUACUGGAGCACCCAUAGUAUACAAGAAUUUUACAUAGCCCUCAGAACACCAAAAGUUCUUCAACAUACCAGGUUCUAAAUCAACUAUGUCUUUGACACUUUUCUUGGUUGUAUACAUUAGUAUAGGGGUUAUCAAUUCUUUCAUAGCUCAAACCACACAGCAAAGUCUUUUUAUUUUUUUUUGAAGGAGCCAAUCCAAUGGCUAGUCUUUAUCAGCUGCAGGGGAUCAGUGGACCAGCUGGUGGGGCAGCUUGUAAUAGUUUCCACAGUCAAGAUGGGUCUCACCUUUGUCCAGCCAAAACCAGAUGAUAGCACUGCUAUGCUCUUCGCAGAAGCUGCCCACUGCUGGUGAAGGAGGGGGGCUAACUUAAGGUCCUCCUUGGUGCCUGAAGCUGCCUUUGGGGCUAGUAUAUUGUAUGGGUCCAGUCCCUUCCUUGCAGCCAUCAUGAUCUCGCUCUCCAAUUCAAUCACCUGCUCGUUAUCAGUAAGAACAUCAUCUCCAGAUGCCUCGGAGUGCACUUCAACCACCCCUCUGGGACCCUAGGCCCUUAGAGCCUGCGCAGCCAGCACCCCAGCUCCUCAAAGUAACCUUGAAGCUAUCACACCCUCAACAAGUAGCAGUACUUCUAGGAACAGCAGUCUUUUUGACCCAAUUAGGAGUCCAUUGUUCAUUGGGGCAAGCUGUUUUAACUUUGUUAGUUAUCAUUAUGUUGGGUUGAUUCACAAUGCCUGAAAAAGAACUUGGUUAUUUUGAAAGUCUACUUUAAAAUGUCCUGUCUGUAGCAUGUUAAUUACUGAUACUAACAUGUGUAAGGACCCUCACAAGUUACCUGUAUGGGUCUUCUCUGUUCCAUGAUUCCUCUGAUCACAGAAACAACCCCAUCCUUUCCCCACCCUCAAUGACCCAAACUUCUGGCUGCAGAUUCCAUAUUGAGGUGAAUGAUGUCCACUGAGUAGUGAAAAAUUGUAGGUUUAGAGGCAGGCUCUUCUAAAGCAACCAUCUGCAAAACAAAAGAGAUCUCAGCCUAUGAAAUGCUAGCUAUGAAAUGUAACAAAACCUCCUUUCAGAUAAUUCACAUGGUAGAGAGGCUUUAGUCCAAUAAGUACUAGCCUCAUGUCAAUUUGUUCCAAUCUCUUGAACCUGCAAUUGAGCCAAAAAUUUCCUGAGCCAAGCUUUCUCGCAAGAUUUCCUGUACUUCCUGUUUCUACGUGAGCCAGAAAUACCAUGAGAACGACCUUUCUUGUGGUAUUUUUGCACUUCUACUCUGGGUUGAAAAUAAUCCCAUAUUGGGGGAAAUUUUAUUUAAUUAUACAAAUAUUUUCAAUUUUCAAACCUUCAAAUGAAGUGGGUUCCUCUUUGGGAAUGAAAAUCUGAAAUGGUGAUUGCUUGGCCCUGACUCAUCUCCACUAGGAAGUAUUCGUGCUCAGUGAUCCAACAUUUUGUAAUUUUUCUAAGAUAUUUUUACAAGGAACUAGGUAAAACAAUACAGAGGGUACAAUGGAAAUUUAUAUCCUUGGAUUUUUUUAAAAAGUGAUUCUUGAAGAAAUGAACAAUGAAGUGUUGUAUUCUUAGUAUAUUAGUGUAUGUGAUAUAUUAUAUCAUAUAUUUGUUUUCUUUGUUCUUAACCCCUUUGUUCCAAGGGUCAGGAUAUCCUGAUGCUAAGUACUAUUGCAAAAUAACUGAACAAAAAUAAAAAUAGUCAAAUACUUAGGAAACUCUUCAGUUGUUAUGUCAAGGAAGUUUGUGAGUGAGGAGUGAGUUUAAGACAUUAUUCAGGAAAUAUGAUAAUAAAGCGAAAGAGUCUGCAUGUGCUUAUUAAAUAAAAUCAUCUCAAUCCUAGAGAGCCUUGAUGCCCCCAGCCUGAUGGAAGGGUCAGAGAAGGACUGGACAGGCUGUCAAAGUGGUGCAAGUGUCAAACUGAUACUUGAAUCCUUUCAUCUCAUACCAGAGAGGGAAAUAAGGAAGGGCAUAUCUUUCUAAUCAAGUAGACCAUUGAUUAUUUCCUAAUUGUGUUGUAUGAAUAUCUGGUUGUUAUAGAAAGAGCUGCUUGAUCAAUAUUUCAAUAACAAAAUUCACCAAAAGCAGUGUCUUCAAUGUCUUUAUUAUUGUUUUAUACCCUCUUGACCCUCCUUCACCUGUUAGAAAAGAGAACAGGUUUGCUAGUAUACUUUUCAAUCUAGAAAAAAAGAAAAGUCACUUAAUCCAGUAUGGAAAACUAAAGUUAUUAACCAUAGGUUUAGAGAAAUAAUAAUAACAAUAAAAUUACAGUUGUCUUUGCUGGUUUCAACUUUAAAAAAAAAAAAUGAGAUGGGAGCAAUGAAAAUAAAACAUACUCUACAGUGAUCUCCUCUUCCCCAAGUUUCCUCCUCUCUCCCAUGAAGAAAUAUCAAAAAAAUUGUGUGAUAAACCAGCCUCGAAAGGAAUGUAGGGCAGAAGCAGCAGAUUAUACAUCAGCAAAAUGGCAUGCCAAGCAAAAUAAAGCACUUCACAACGUGGAGACGUGAGGAGGAGAGGAAGAUGGGAUUGCUACAAUGUCCUCCAAGAAAACAGAGGCUAUGCACCUGAGUGUACAAGUUCAAAUUGUUCCUACAAACCCAAUACAAAACCACCCCACUUUCGUUUCUGUCCAGGGCCUUUCACAUAAGCUACAGGGGGCAUCGCCUUUUGUUGAAUUGGUUCUUACUUUCAGAAUUGGCACCUCCAUCUCUGAGACAAGGAACAAGCGGCAUGGCCCACAGUUGAGGUUGCCCUCAAUUCAACCACUCUCAGGUCGGGGACACAGUAGUCAGUGGCCCACAUAAUAAGUCAACAGUGUUCUCCCUGCAGAAGGUGAAUCGUUAACACUCUUUUCUUUCUUUCAUUGCCAUUUAUGCCCCCUGUGAACAUCUUUUAAAAUUAUUGUUCCUUUGAAAAUGGGUUUUGAAUGGCCCUGAGCCACAUGUCCAGGCUAUGCAGGCCACUGCCAUAUGCAUGAGGAUGUUGAUGCUUCCCUAAUUCGCAUCUUUCGGAGUUAGCUGUGGAAUGCGAUGCAAUGUUAUUUCCCUUCCAGCUGAAGGGCAGCUGAGGUUACGAAGGGAUUUGACUAACAGGUCAUAACCCAGUUAGGUUUGCUGAGAACCAAGUGACACAGGAGGGAGGGAUCAAAUGGAGGCACUGAGGAUCCACCAAGCCCAUCCCACCACUGGUCUUGGUGACUGGGCCACGUGGCCCCUAGCCCCCCCCCAGACCUUCCAGAGAGAAGCAGCUGAAGAUUGGUUCUGCAGACGCUCAGUUUCCCCUGGUUUGUGUUUGUUUGUUUGUUUGUUUGUUUGUUUUAGAACUCCUUGGUACUUGCAGGGCUUGAGCCUGCACCACAGGGGUGACUCCUCACCUGACACCUCCAGAUAACUGGCCUGCGGCAAGGCGGGAAUCCUUGUGUGAGGUUAGCAAAGGGGAAGCCCCGCUCCUUUGCCUGAAGUCCUUAAGACCUAAGCCAUUUGACAAACUUUGACAAGCACCAAAAGAGAAUUCAGAACAAAUAAAUCAGAAGAAAGAAGAGGAAAAGCAAAUGCUAGAACUUAGAUGGGUUUUUUUUUUUUUUUUUUCCUCUCGCUGUGGUUCCAGCUGUAGCCUGGGAUUAAUUAAGUGCUGUGAACUCAGUGCCAGAAAGAGGAGGGGAAAAAAAUGCAUUCUAUCUCUAAGGAAGGAGUACAGUAACAGUUUCUCACCAGUGAGAAACCUAGGGAAGUGGAUCGCUCUCGUCGGCAGUGUUUGUGGAGGGCCUGGAGAGACAGGGAGGCUGUGCCAGGCUGGAGGAGGCUCGUCUUUCUGAAGCUGGAGAGGAUCUUACGGGGGUUCGCCUCUCCCUGCCUGGGAAGAAUUUCCCCUGUGGUAGCAGCAGCAGCUGCAGCAGCAGCAACAGCAGAAGCAGAAACAGCAGCAGCAGGAGCAGCAGCAGCAGCAGCACCACUACCUCCUCUUCUGGGGCACAAGGCAGAAUGCCUGUGCUAGAGCGCUAUUUCCACCCAGCAGAGCUAGGCAGGAGGUGGAAAGGCCCAGAAGGUGUGCUGCCCUCCUCCCCGGGAAGCCGGCCGGGGUGCCAGCAGGGGCCGCUGCCCUGGGACUUGCCAGAGAUGAUCAGGAUGGUAAAGCUGGUUUGGAAAUCCAAAAGUGAGCUGCAGGCGACCAAACAGAGAGGCAUUCUGGAAAAUGAAGAUGCUCUCCGCAGCUUUCCAGGAGAUGUACGACUAAGGGGUCAGUCGGGGUUUCCUGCUGAACGCCGCGGCUCCUACCCAUUCAUUGACUUCCGCCUACUUAACAAUACAACAUACUCAGGGGAGAUUGGCACCAAGAAAAAGGUGAAAAGACUAUUAAGCUUUCAAAGAUACUUCCAUGCAUCGAGGCUGCUUCGUGGAAUUAUACCACAAGCCCCUCUCCACCUGCUGGAUGAAGACUACCUUGGACAAGCAAGGCAUAUGCUCUCCAAAGUGGGAAUGUGGGAUUUUGACAUUUUCUUGUUUGAUCGCUUGACAAAUGGAAACAGCCUGGUAACACUGCUGUGCCACCUCUUCAAUACACAUGGACUUAUUCACCAUUUCAAGUUAGAUAUGGUGACCUUACACAGAUUUUUAGUCAUGGUUCAAGAAGAUUACCACAGCCAAAACCCGUAUCACAAUGCUGUUCACGCAGCCGACGUCACCCAGGCCAUGCACUGCUACCUGAAAGAGCCCAAGCUCGCCAGCUUCCUCACGCCUCUGGACAUCAUGCUUGGAUUGCUGGCUGCAGCAGCUCACGAUGUGGACCACCCAGGGGUGAACCAGCCAUUUUUGAUAAAAACUAACCACCAUCUUGCCAACCUAUAUCAGAAUAUGUCUGUGCUGGAGAAUCACCACUGGCGUUCUACAAUUGGCAUGCUUCGAGAAUCAAGGCUUCUUGCUCACUUGCCAAAGGAAAUGACACAGGAUAUUGAACAGCAGCUGGGCUCCUUGAUCUUGGCAACAGACAUCAACAGGCAGAAUGAAUUUUUGACCAGAUUGAAAGCUCACCUCCACAAUAAAGACUUAAGACUGGAGGAUGCACAGGACAGGCACUUUAUGCUUCAGAUCGCCUUGAAGUGUGCCGACAUUUGCAAUCCUUGUAGAAUCUGGGAGAUGAGCAAGCAGUGGAGUGAAAGGGUCUGUGAAGAGUUCUACAGGCAAGGUGAACUUGAACAGAAAUUUGAACUGGAAAUCAGUCCUCUUUGUAAUCAACAGAAAGAUUCCAUCCCUAGUAUACAAAUUGGUUUCAUGAGCUACAUCGUGGAGCCGCUCUUCCGGGAAUGGGCCCAUUUCACGGGAAACAGCGCGCUGUCGGAGAACAUGCUGGGCCACCUCGCGCACAACAAGGACCAAUGGAAGAGCUUGUUGCCCAGGCCGCACAGAAGCAGGGACAGCAGUGGCAGCGGGCCCGACCACGACCACGGAGGCCAAGGGACUGAGAGCGAGGAGCGGACGGCGCGGGAAGGCGACAGCUCCUAGGGCCGGCCCAGCUCAGACACGGACACCACGUUCUCCAGCGCGGGGUGGGGUCCGGGGGAACCCUUGCCCAGCGGCCCAUCCACUCUCUGGGUGUUGUCCUGGGGCUCUUUGGAACGCCACCUUCCUCCCACUUACCUGCCUCCCCUUCUUUUUGCAAGUGUACAGAAGCCAUUUUUCACCUCAGCAUUCGCUGCCAAAAUGAGCAACUCCAUUCAGUAACGUGGGGGGCUGAUCCCACGGGCAGGCUCGCCCUGCUCCAGGAGACCUGAUAGGAGGAAGAACGAGGUGCUCCCGCCUUGUCUGCCAGGGCCCCGGGUCCCACUGGACCAAGCAGCAGUUCUCGAGUCCGGAGUGUUUGCCAUCUGACUGCUGAUCUGCGUGACAGAACCACCAGCAUAUUUGCAACGCCAAGGAUAUUGAUCUUAAGUGCAAGAGUACAAAUAAGAGCGUGAGAGAAAGUACCUUCUAUUUUAAUAAUAAUUAUUAUAAAAAUAAUAAAUCUUUUUAACUUUUAUAUUUGAUGCACUAGACAAUGGAGCUGCAACUUGGACUAAGAUCAUUCAAUGUACCCAAACUUGAACAGGGGGUUCAUUGUUUUGCUAUUGACUUUAUUAUGCCACUUUGGGGCAGAGACUUGGCAUCUUCUCAGCUUAAGAAACCACGUUUCCUAUCCAAUCCGAAGGGAAGGUGCUGUACAGUUCAUUCCUUUGCACCAUUAGCCAAUCUGUCUUUUAUGGAUUCCAUGACAUGUUUAUAUUCACCCAUGUACAUUUUCUGUAAAUAUCAAACGCUACUGAUUCCCAUGCCAAAAUACAUGAGUAUUAUGGGAUUGCUACCUGUACAAACAAUGGCACUGUGAACAGAAUACUGUUAGUUUUAAUACAAGAGAAUGCAUUUGUAAAUAUGGUAUAGAGUUUAUUAAUAUACUAUUGUUUGCAGAUAAAGGCCUUAACUUUAAACAUCUUUCAUCUUCUGAAAGCUGCCCGACUUUAAUCCUCAUAGAUGUCUUUCUCAACUGCCUUCCCACGUCCAUCUGUAUGUUUUCCAGCUAAGGUCACAAACCAAAACUGAAUAAAGUCUUUGAGGAAACAUUUUGGAAACUUCACAUGCAUUCCGCUUGAGACCAUAGUGUUUAAUCUAUGGCACCAAGCAUCGUUUCCUCAGAUUAAUGAGACCCUUCAACAAGCCUGAAUCAGUCACUUUUCAACGCAGCGAUGUUUUAACAAGCCAGCUGCUAAGCUUGUGUUUAUGUGACUCCUGUUACAGAACAUGGCGGUGCAUCAGCCUCACAGGAGACAUAGCAGGUCUUGAAAACCUUCUAUGACCCUGCCAUCUAACCAUCAGGGAAUUCCCUGCUCCCAUGCCACACAUUUGUCUGUUAUGGCUACAGUACCAAAGUACUUUUGGUGUAUGGCUGGUGUGCGUUUCUUUAGUGUCAAGAGUAACUGGAUUUUUCUUUUUCCUCAAUCUCAUGUGAACAACUACCCAACUGUUUAGCUGAAGUUCAUAUUAUUUAAGUAAAGAAAAUAUUUCAGUUGUAUAACAGACUUUACCUUCCUGGCAGGUCAUUGUAGUUAAUUAUGUCUUUUAGCUAGGAGUAUCACCUUGGAAUUUCGUUGCCAUUUUUUCUGCAGACACUUGGCCGUAAAAUCAGUUUGUUACAGCAUUCUUCUCUAGGCUGCUAAACGCUGUGCAUUGAGCCUUUUCUUUAGAAGUUUCAGCAUAACUAAUGUUAGAUGAAAAUUGCUGAUGUCUCUUUCUUUUUACCUUAAACAGCGUGGUAGUGGGAGAAGGAUUGUUUCUGCCACUAUCAACCUAUUCCUCAAGCUGGUAGAAUGAAAGCUAGCGCUCAUUUCCUAAGUACAACUGUUUUGGGAGGUUUUCUCCUAACAAACAAGUAAAAUAUUGAUUGACCUGUAAUAAGUUCCUAUAGAGAGACUGAGGCUUGCAGAAUUAAGGUUUAGGGGAAAUUUUGGAAAGUUGGUUAUAUUUUCAUUAAAGUAGGAGAGAUUGUCAGAGGGUGCUAAAGAAAGUGUGAAGAUCUUAUGAAAUGGGUGGAUGGUAAGUUGAAAUUAUUGAUGUGGGUAAGAAGGGAGGUUGUGGAAAGCUAACAGUAACUUUGUAUUUUUUUUUCUGUAAAACUCUGAGCUGAUAUAUUUUUCUGUAUCACUUUAGUAUUAUGCAGCUCUCAGCUUGGUGAGGUCCCAGAAGAGAAUAUGUAAGAUGUAUUCCUAUUUCCGAGCCAGUCUUACUUUGGUUUGAUGGUGCAGAAAGGGCUUUUGAGUAGUCUAUUUUUAAUGUAUAUAAGGUCAAAUCAAGGAAGGCAAUUGCUGGGGACAAGAAAGGUAGGGUUAGGAAAGAAGACACCAUUUUAGCUAAUGGGGUUUCUGCCUUGGGUCUAAAAAAUGGCUUUGUUUAAAUUAUAUGAUCAUUUAGAUAAAUGAGAUUCCAGGUGUGCUUAGUAGUUCCAAGUUGAUAGGGCAAAAGUGGCUAUGUUACAAUUAGGUCUUGAAGCACUCACAGAGAAAAAACUGCCAAACAUCCAGUGGGUAAGCUUGUGAUGCAGCUACAAGUACAUAAAAAUCUGAAGUAAAAUGAGGCAUAAACUCAAUGCAGCUGCCUCCCUCAUUCCACUGUCUGCAGAGUUCUUGAGUUCCUCAUUUGUUGGUAAAAAGAAAAAGAAUAUGAAUGUAUUUUUUUCUUGCCUAUUAGUGGACCUCUUGCAAUAUUUCAAUAGGAGUCCAGUUACUAGUUAAAACACAGCUAUUGGAUCAUCCACAGAUUUUAUCUUUACAAUCUUGUUCUCCUUGUCCAUGGACCAUCGAUAGUUGGCUUGCCAAGUUUAAUACUUUCAUUGCUUGAGUAGAAAGGAAUCAAAGGGCUGUGUGUAGUAACCUGAUGGUAAAGUUAGGAUCAAAUUAAGACAUAGAGAGAGAAUAUAUAUCACGGCCAGGCCUGAUAGGCAAAACCUGCUCUUGCUUUUAAUAGCAGUGAUGAAUUGUCAGGACCUUAUUUAUGAAACGCUGAUCCCGUAACUCCCUGCUAGGCUGAGUAAAAACCAGGCUCUUUCUCCCUGCUUAUGACUUCCCACAAAGGGACUUGCGGCAUCCUGCAAACUUGUCUUCAAAUAGUGCUUUCUACAAAACUAGCAUUUGUUUUGUAAUCUUUUCUCAUGUUGAAUCAGAUCUGCUCACUGAUUUAGGUUUGGUUAUGAGCUUGUAUCUCACUGUAUUUCUCAUGCUUUGUUCUUUUAAACCCUUUAAAAACUGUGUCAUUUUGUAUACAUGUGUGAGGUUUGGGAAAAAAAAGAAAAAAAAAAACACCUUGUGAGUUUUGCUCAAAAUGUGGCCUAAAUAUCCAUUGGCAUGUCUAGAUGAACAAUUAAAAAUAAAGAUCAUUUCUUUAAAAUA